AAGGAUAAAAGGGGCACCAAUCGCCUUGCAAACAUUUCAAACACUUUCUUCACUUUCUUCCCCUUUUCUUGUCACAAACCAAAUUAACAUUUUGGACUCAAUGGAGGCUAGCACAUGCUCAGAACUUCCCCCUGGCUUUAGGUUUCACCCAACGGACGAGGAACUGAUUGUGUAUUAUCUUUGUAACCAAGCCACAUCAAAGCCAUGCCCUGCAUCUAUCAUCCCAGAAGUGGAUAUUUACAAGUUUGAUCCAUGGCAAUUACCAGAUAAAACAGAAUUUGGAGAAAAUGAAUGGUAUUUCUUUAGUCCACGAGAUAGGAAGUACCCAAAUGGGGUGAGGCCAAACCGAGCAACUGUGUCUGGGUAUUGGAAGGCUACUGGCACAGACAAGGCAAUCUACAGUGGAUCUAAGAGUGUUGGGGUGAAGAAAUCUUUAGUCUUUUACAAGGGUAGGCCACCAAAGGGCACAAAAACUGAUUGGAUUAUGCAUGAGUAUAGAUUGGCUGAAUCAAAAAAACCAGUUUGCAGGAAAAUUGGGUCCAUGAGGCUGGAUGACUGGGUCUUGUGCAGGAUCUACAAGAAGAAGCACAUGGGAAAAACAUUGGAGCACAAAGAGGUACACCCAACAGUCCAAAUUACUAAUCUUACAGCUGCAAAUAGUGAUGAACAGAAAAUGAUGAUGAACCUUCCAAGGACUUGGUCCCUUACUUACCUUUUGGAUAUGAAUUACUUGGGUCCAAUUUUAAGUGAUGGCUCCUAUUGCUCAACCUUUGAUUUUCAAAUUAACAAUGCCAAUUUUGGAAUAGACCCUUCUGUGAAAUCUCAACCGGUUGAAAUGACCAACAAUUAUGUAGCAGAUUCAGGAAAGUACCAAGUGAUGAAACAGAGUAGCACCAUUGACCAGCCCAUAUGUGUGAAGCAAAUGUAUAAUUGCUAGGAUUAAACCAAUUGGGACAAAAAAAAAAAAAAAAAGAAAAAGAAAA